AUUCGUUUGGUUCGUUCAAAUAUUUGAUGCUCACACGAAGACGGGAAAAAAGUGAAUAAACGGUCAACAUGUACUUGACGGCUUGGCUUCUAUUGGGAACAGUCGCAUUCAGUUUGUUCACGUUAGUACGAUUCUUUAUCAAAUUCAAUCGACGCAAGCAACGAAUUUUAAAAUAUGUUCAACAUUUAUCAUCACCAAAAGAGUACCCGAUUAUCGGCAGUGGACUUCGAUUUUUUGGAAAAAGCAGCGAAGAAAUGAUGAAAGAAGCAGUGGAGUUUAUGGAACAAAUGAAAACGCCGUUUUAUGCUUGGUUUGCUGGUGCUUUAAUUUUGGUGAUUGAUCAUCCAGACGAUGCGUAUACAGUGCUUACUUCAAAAUCCUGCAUGGAAAAGGCAUUUGUUUAUAAAUUUUUCAAUAUGGGCGCCUCUUUGUUCACGGCACCAGUAAGUGUAUGGAAGCCGCACCGAAAAACCUUGAACACAACAUUCAAUUUGAAGAUUUUACAGUCAUUUGUGCCAAUAUUUUGCGAGAAAGUCAAAUAUUUGGUACGAAAUCUGGGCGAAAAGGAGAAUGACGACUAUUUUGACAUCACACCUAUGAUGCAUACUUGUGCGUUAGAAAUGGUUUGCGCGACGACAAUGGGAGCAGACAUCGAGGCUCAAAAUGGUAAAAAUGCUGAUUAUGUUGAGGCUUUGGGCAGUUAUUUGGCCGGUGUUGCAAAGCGAACGUUCAACUUUUUUUACCAUUUUGAUUUUAUUUACAAACAUACAAGUGCUUAUCAAAAUGAUCAAAAAUAUACGGAAAUUGCUGAACGAUUACCAUGUCGAGUGAUUGAAGAGCAAAAACAAGCCUUUUUCCAAGAGAAUCCAAUGGGAACCAGCGAUGAUAAUACACCCGAAAUUGAAGAGGAUGAUGCACGUUGCUAUGAAAGUCCACAGAUUUUCUUGCGUCAACUGUUUAAAUUGUACAAAAAAGGAUUGAUCGAUGAUAAAAACAUACGCGAUCAAGUUUAUUUAAUGAUUUUUGCUGGCAAUGACACCGCUUCUCUAACGCUUUCGUAUGCGAUUCUGUUGUUAGCAAUACAUCCCGAGUAUCAAGAAUGUGCAUUUGCUGAGGUCGAUCGUGUAUUUCAAGAUCUACCGUCAGACGACAGUCUGACCUACGAUCAUGUUGUCAAAUUGGAAUUUAUUGAGCAAAUUUUGCGUGAAACUCUUCGCUUAAAUCCAGUUGCACCGUACAUUUUACGGCAUUGUCAAGAAGAUACACAAAUUCGUGAUUGUAUAAUACCGCGUGACACAACGGUUAUCGUAAAUUUGUACACAAUGCAUCGCCGUGAAGAUAUAUGGGGUUCGAAUGCGAACGAAUUCAAUCCGCAUCGUUUCAGUGCGGACGAAGUGAAAAAACGCAAUCCACACGCAUAUGCACCGUUCAGUUUGGGCCCACGGAAUUGCAUCGGUAUGCGAUACUCGUAUAUGGCAAUGAAAGUGAUUUUGGCAACAUUGCUGCGCAAUUUUCGAUUCACAACCAAUUUGAAAAUGUGCGACGUUCGCAUGCGAUACGAAAUUACAUUGAAAAAUGUACGCGGCAAUAUGGUGCGAGUGGAACGACGAAAUUUUAAUAAGGUCAAACCGAGUUGGACGUAUGAAAUUGGUGCUAAUUUAAAAGUUUUUAGAGACCAGAGUGUUCAAAAAUUCAUUAAAAUGUAUCUGUUAAUUGUGCUGAUUUGUAUGUUGUUUUGGUUUUUUGUGAAGCAUUUGUUGCAUUUGUAUCGUAUGGAGUGCUAUGUGAAACAUUUGAAAUCAACAUAUCCAUUGGUACCAGUGCUUGGAACCAGCUAUGGAAUGAUUGGCAAAUCAACAUCACAGAUCUAUGAACAUUUUCUACAAUUUUCAAAAACAAACGAAACGCCAACCAAGGAGUACUUAGGAAACAUUUUGAUUAUCAGUGUUGAUAAACCCGACGAUAUGAAAACUAUUUACACAUCGCCGCUUUGUUUAGACAAGCCGUUUAUCUAUGAUUUUCUACCAUAUCACAAUUCAGUUUUCAGCACCAGAUCGGCUGCCGCUUGGAAACCGAUCAGAAGACAUUUGAAUCCAACGUUCAGUAUCAAAGUAUUGCAAUCAUUCCUUCCGAUUUUUAAUGAAAAGGCAAAUGUUAUGUUGAACAAAUUGGAUCAGGAAGUUGGACGAGGGGAAUUUGACAUUUUACCACAUAUUCAAUGGGAAACUUUGGAUUCAAUCUGCGCCACUACAAUGAAAUUUGAUUUGAAAUCCCAGUCUUAUCAAAUCGACAAAUACUUUCAGGCCACAGAUGUAUUCUUCAAUUUGAUUUCCAAGCGCUUCAUACAACCAUGGCUACACAUAGAUUUCAUAUACAAACGGACGCAACUUUAUAAACAGGAACGGCAAUGUCUCAGUACAGUUCAACCAUUGAUAGAUAGCAUAUACGAUAAUGCCGACAAAAACAACAAUCACAAUAUCACAAAAAAUAUGGAUCCGUCCGAGAAGAAACCACAAGUUUUAAUCGAUCGACUUCUGCACUUACGUUCCGAGGAUGAACUCGAAGAAGAUAUAAUCAAAGAACAAAUUGAAACUAUUUUGGUAGCUGGAAAUGAUACGACAGCAACAACACUUUCAUUUGCAAUUUUAAUGCUUGCCAUUCAUCCUGAGGUUCAAAAAAGGGUUUACGACGAAUUGCAUUCGAUUUUUACGACACAAAAUGAAGAGAUUCUUGAGCAGCAUCUCAAUCGGAUGCACUACUUGGAUUUAGUGUUAAAAGAAACGAUGCGUUUAUUCCCAGCUGGAGCAUACCCACAACGCAGUGCAUCGGCAGACAUUCCGAUUAGCAACUGUACGAUACCAAAGGGCACAGUAAUUAUACUAUCGAUUUUUUCAUUGCAUCGGAGACAAGAUAUUUGGGGAAAAGCUGCCAAUGAUUUUAAUCCAGAUAAUUUUCUUCCUGAAAAUGUAAAAAAUCGACAUCCAUUUGCGUUUGUGCCAUUUAGUGCAGGGCAACGAAAUUGCAUUGGUCAUCGAUAUGCCAUGAUUUCAAUGAAAUCAUUGCUAGCAGCCAUGGUACGACGUUUUAAAUUCACCACCUCCAUGAAAAUGUGCGAUAUUGAUUUGAAAUUUGAAAUGGUCUUGAAAAUUGGCAACAAACAUUUGGUGCAGAUUGAACGACGACAAUGGUGAACAUCGAAUCAAAUAAAGAUUUUAACCCAAUGAA